AUGCAUCAUGAACUCUUCUUGGCGCUAUUAGGUCAUCCUAGUGACGUCAUUGAACGUCGUAGUGAUGGAUUCUAUAUACGAAAAGAAGUGUCCUUCUUAUCACAAGCACAAUGUAGUUUAUUGAAUCGUCUAUUGCGUUUAGGGUAUGCCUUUGCAAGCUUAGAUCAGUUUGUACGACAGGCGCCAUGUCUUCCUAGUAUGUAUCUACAUGCAUUAGCACAAGCAAUUGAGCGAUUAUUGCAUCGGUAUACUGAUGCGAUUGUAGAAUUAGAGGCAAAGACGUUGCGGCAUAGGGCUGUAUUUCCCAUGUCUAACCUUAUCUAUGAGCUUGAGGAGUUUAUGGAAGUUCUGCCAGAGGUUUGUGAACUUGUGAAGAAAUUGACAGAGACACUGGAUCAGAUGCAAGAGAAUCAGGAGAGAUGGAGUAUGAAAGGAGCAGUAGUGAUGAAUAUUGUGCAUCGUAAUACCCGCACUGGAUUUCCAAGAGUGCAAAAGGCUAUGCAAGAACUCUUGUACUUUUGUCAUCGAGUAUUAUUCAAACAAAUGAUGAUGUGGAUGGUGUAUGGGGAGAUUGUAGACCCGUAUAAGGAGUUUUUCAUCACGAAACUGGUGGACACUGCUAGAUCGACUUUGGCAUCAGAGGAGAUGCUAGCACAAGAUGAGAAUGCGGUCAUAGUGCUAUGGCAUCAGCAGUUUGCAAUCGACUUGGAGGCUGUGCCGCUGGAUUACUUUCCGACAUCCGUGGCAGAAAGCGUGUUUGCGAUUGGCAAAGCCGUGCAUAUUUUGACACGAAAGAAUCAGUUUUCUCCACGCGAGGUGCAAGACAUCAUUGCCGUCAUGUCUGCAUUAGCGCAAAGCCCUGAGUUGGACGUUGUGGCAGUCCAACAAGAGGUGGAAAAGGUGCGCCGUCAUGUAGCCAGGAGACUGCAUGAAGAAGUGGUGGUGAAAUCCGACUUUGUCGGAUAUCUGCGCGUGCUGAAAGGGUUCUUUCUGCUAUCUCGCGGCGAAGUGUUUCAGACGUUUAUCGAACGCAGUUUUGGUAUGAUGUUGGUCAAGCCAACAAUUCAGUCGGAAGAGGAUGUGAAUCAUGGCGUCUGGCGGGAAGUUGUGCGCGACUUGAUAUCAGAGGAUGACCGCUGGGGUCAGGACUUUGAAAUGCAGCUCCCGCUCCAAAUGUUUGAGCUCGUAGAUUUUUCGUCAAGUGCUGGUCUCAUGCUUUUCAACGUAUCACGAGGACCAAACGGCCAGUUUUUAGCAAUCGACUCCGACACGGCACAGAACAAAGCACGACAAAAUCUUGUAGAAAAACAGAGCAGCACUGUCUGGUGGCGUCACGCGCAGAUAAAUGGCUAUUCUUUUUCGUCUGAGUUUUCUUUGCAAUGGGAGCAAAAUGCAUUUUAUUGUGGUAGCCAUCGGGCAGCCCUUUUGCUCCGGAAUGAAGGCCCGUUAGGCUCAGCUACAUUAUCCAAUGGGUCUUUUGAGCUCGAAGACUCGCAAGCUGUCUAUGUCAGCGUCGACCUUGCGAUCGAGCACUUACCAGGCGACACGAACGGUAUGCGUGUGAUGGCUCAAGUAAAACCUUCACGCACAGAUGAGACCGGCAUCCAAUCUUCACAAGAAACGGAAAUCUCCAUGGCUAAUAGCAGCACGCCAGCACUCCGAGUUCGUGUCCAGUGUGCCCGUCAAGAAGCUACUCUAGCACCUUUGAAGCAGGUUAUAUACAAGAAAAUGAUGGCCGUAAUUGUCAAUGACGUGCUGGUGUUAGAGACACAAAUUGAUCUUCAGGAAGUCCUCAGUUUGCACUCCACAUCCGGCGAAUACUUUGUGGGGCUUGCAUUUUCGUCACUCGUACGUCUUACCAGCUGGAGUUUGGACAAGUUCUCGGCUAAAACUAGUUGGCAGGAAGGCAGUAUUACCAGUCUGAAGAAGAACAACAGUGCACUUACACCACGUGAAUUGUGGAGUACCCUUCGUUUGCGUUGUACUGUACGAUGGCCACUACAACUGCUCAUCGGCCACGAUCUGCUGCGCUCAUAUGGACACCUGUUCCAGUUCUGUUUUCGAUUGAAACGUGUAGCGCAUGCUCUUGAGCUGGCAUGGAAGAGUAGCACGUUGCGUUCAAAGCACGCCACCAGAAAAGAUACAGCAUUUACUGCCGGUGCAUUGCGAAUUCGCAUGAGCUUCGUUGUGCGCACGCUGGAGCUGUACUUUCAAGUUUUUGUGAUAGAAAGCAAGUUUCAAACGUGCAUCGAGCAAAUUGAGUCUGCAGGUGAUUUUGACCGCGCUAAACGCGUGCACGAGACAUUUGUGGCGAGUGUCGUUAAGAGCUGUUUUGUGCACACAAAGACCGUAACGUCAGCUCUGAAUGAGAUGCUGGGUUGCUGCUGGCAGUUUGCCGAGUACGUCUUGCAGCAAGAUGCCAUGCAGAAGGACGUUGAAGAGCUCUCUGCUGAUCGCAUUGCAUUGCUGAGCCAGGACUUUCAUCGUCGCUUUGAGUUCCUGUAUAGCGUAUUGCAGGUCUCAGAAGCGCGUGACUUGCUCUUUCUGCUAGACAGCAAUGGUUUUUUUGCCGAACGACGGUAUAAGAUGCAGCAUCAAUAA